AUGGCGCUGAGCAGAUUCGCGUACGUGCGGUCGUACGAGCAACAGGAUGCUGCGUUGCCCAACACGUAUAUGCUGGUCAGGCUGGAUGGCAAAGGCUUUCACAAGUGAGUAGCGAAAUGGAAAGCCUUCGACGCUUCCGUCAUGAGUGGAGAUAUCUUUGCGGGUCAUUCCAGCUGCCGCAGGGUGCUCCAGGCGGAGUCUGUUCGAGCCUUCUCGCGCUGACCGAAGCAAUCAGCACGUCGGCGAGAGUCGACAAGGCAAUGCGCUGACCCAUCAAUGAUCCCUCGCACAGAUUCAGUGCAAAGCAUCAAUUUCACAAGCCCAAUGACGCGAGAGCUCUCGAACUGAUGAACCACGCGGCCAGAAAGGUGAUGGAGCAGCUUAGACCCGAGGUGGUGUUGGCCUUCGGAGAGAGCGACGAGUACAGGUACGUAGUGGUGGUAGAGCGGCUCAGCAUCAUGAUACGCGCAUGCUGCUCCUGUGAAUUGAAGUGGGCUGUCUGUAUGCUGUGAGGUGCUGAGCGCGCUUUCCGUACUUCCCAGCUUCCUCUUGAGGCGAUCAUGCACACUCUACAGCAGGCGCCAGAGGUGAGCGUUCUCUCUUGGUGCGCGAACGUGCGUAUCUUGCUGAGCUCUUUUCGCUUCACUGAUCCGCUCAGCAAGAUCUUGACCUACAUCACGUCACUCUUCACUUCGAACUACGUCCUGGCAUGGAGCACUUUCUUUCCUCAUCAGCACCUAGACGAGGCGCCUUCAUUCGAUGGGAGAUUGGUCUUGUACCCUACAGAGAAGGAAGUCAGGGACUAUUUCUCGUGGAGACAGGCUGAUAGUGAGUCUCUGCUGCUCUAGGGCACGCGCGCUAGUAGCUGAUGCUCGCACCUCUCCGGGCGUCUCUACGCAGCUCAUGUCAACAAUCUAUACAACACCGUCUUUUGGGCAAUGGUGCAAGGAGGCAGGACAGAGAGGGAAGCUCACGAGAGAUUGAAGGUGGGUGGCCAUGCGAGUCGGAAGAACGGAGGGCAGCGAGCUUCGCCGGUCAAGCUACUGUUGAAAGCGUCGAGCGUAGCGUUGAUCGGGUGAUGCGCCGCUUCCUCCGAUCAUCGCACAGGGCACACUCUCAGCCGACAAGAAUGAGAUCCUGUUCAACGAGCAUAACAUCAACUACGAUUCGCUUCCUCCCUUGUUCCGCAAAGGCAGCAUAUUAUGUUGGGGGCCCGAGGCAGACGCUGGCUUGGAACAGAAAGACUCGUCGUCACCGAGCUCAUUACAGGUCAAGACGAAGGCUAAGAGCAAGAUGAUGCUCCGGACCUUGCACGUCGAUAUUAUUGGCCAUGCGUUUUGGUCGUCUUCGCGCAUACAGCCUCGAAGCUCAGUACCACUAGUGGAGACGAACGAAGAUGCUGAGAUCAGCGAGGAGGGUGGUGCUGCAGACCAGCCCGACUCAAACCGAGCUUUGAACGUGAUGAGCGGGCCAGCGGAACAACCGGAUCGGACGGACUCGCAUCGCACCAACGCCUACGCAGGGCUGGGUGCCAGAGCUCUUGCCAGCUGA